AUGAGGCAGACCGAAACCAACAAUUCGCCGGCGUCACUUCAAAACUUGGCCGAGGAAGCUCUAUUCAGCGACGACAUCAUUCCCACAUAUCACACGCGAAUGACAGACAUACUCAACAAGGAGACGGAGGAGGCAAAGGUGCAUGGACAGGCCAUGCAGAGUCUACAAAAAAGACAUGACAUAUUUAAGCAGAACUUCUCGACGCUGCUUGGAAGGGCCGAGGAGGAGGAAGAGCGUGCAAGAACACGCGAGACUAAACUCUGGGAAAUGAUUGAGCUGAGAGAUGACAUGAUUCAGCUGAGGGAAGAGAUCGUUGUUCGCCUUCUCGAAUGUCUGUCUCAUACUCCCAGAUAA